AUGUAUAUGAGAUAUCACUAUGACCUUAAAUCUCAUAUCAAGCAAUCUGAUUGUAAAUCGAAUGUUAAUCAUUCGCGCACUCCAAGUUUACCGUUAUUACUCCCAUAGCAACUUAGUCCAGUCAAAGAGAAAUCUCCUUAAUUAAGUAAAAUGGGGGAAUAAAUACUUAAGCAAUGGGGGUUUUUUCCUGACAUAGCAUCUACAUCAAGAAAAGAAAACUAUACAGAGCAUAUAAAAAGAGAAAAAAAGUUUAAGGAUAAAUUUGAUGAUCUUUUAUAUAAUCUAAAUACUGAGAGAUCAAAAUGUCAAAAGAAUGAUUACUUGUAAAAUGAAUUUAAUCUAAAAAAAUCUGUUCAUUUCAACAAUGUAGUUACGGUUAAGGACAUUGAUGGUCAAGUUUCCUAAAAAGAAAUCAAGUUAAUUUCGAGAAAUAAGAAAAGACAAAGAACUAAACUUGAUAAUUUGACUGUGAUUAGUUGA